GUCAUAACACCUCGAGUCGACUUUCGAGAACCCGGAUGAGAGUGUAGCAGAGUCAGGAGCUACAAUUUUCGCACAGGGACGUAAGACUAUCUGCUGGGGUUGAAAGAAUCAUUUUUAGAAUAUCUUUUUGGCCCAUCUGUGUUCACAUAAAUUACCUGUUGGCAGAUUGUUGUACUUCAAGAUGACUACUCCAGCCAGGCGGCGUCUAAUGAGAGAUUUCAAAAGGCUUCAAGAGGACCCGCCUUCUGGCGUGAGUGGAGCUCCUUCAGACAAUAACAUUAUGUUGUGGAACGCAGUAAUAUUUGGGCCUCAUGAUACCCCUUUCGAAGACGGUACUUUUAAACUGACCAUAGAAUUCACAGAAGAGUAUCCAAACAAGCCCCCCACAGUUCGGUUCAUUUCCAAGAUGUUUCAUCCAAAUGUUUAUGCCGAUGGAAGUAUAUGUUUAGAUAUCCUACAGAACCGAUGGAGUCCUACCUAUGAUGUGUCUGCCAUUCUGACCUCAAUCCAGUCCCUUCUAGAUGAGCCCAACCCCAACAGCCCUGCCAAUAAUGUAGCAGCUAAGCUAUACCAGGAAAAUCGUAAAGAGUAUGAGAAAAAGGUCAAGGUCAUUGUGGAAGAAAGUUGGAUCUUCAUUGGGGAAGUGUGAGUGUCCAUGUGGAAGAGAAAGAACGUGACCAAGUUGUUUUUUUUUUUUAUGGUUCAUCUGUUUUUGUUUUGUUUGUUUGUUUUUUUUGUGCUUUUCAUCAGCGAUGCACUUCAUUGUGGCCUACCAUGUUUUGGAAUCUGAUGUUGUUGACUUGUGCGUUCAUAACAUUGUCGUUGACUCUGUGCUCCAUGAGAAUUUGCUUUACUUUUCUGGGCCUGUGAGUAGAUUGGGGGGGUGGCUGUGUGGUUUUGUUUUUGCUUACAAGACUUUCCUGAAAAAAAUUGUUUAGUUAGUAAAAUUUUAGGCUAUUGCAUUUUAAAAAAAUGUUGAGACAUAAAUGUUAGAAAAAGCCACAAAACUAACUUGUUUGUAUUUGAGUUUUUGCAAUCAUUGCAUCUUUGCACUAUUGAAAAGGGCAGCAGAAGUGUUGCCACAAAGUUCUGCUGUUGUAUCGUGUUGAUACCAGCUGAGAAGAAUUUUUUAGCGUCAUUUAUCCAGAUUGGAAAGUGCCUCACAACCUGUCCCCCUUUCUCUACAACUGUACUGGCUCAUGGAAGGGAAACGGUCGUCUGGCAUUUCUUUCCAUAUUAAGAGAAACGCAUCCUUCCCACACCCACAUUUAUAUAUAUAGAUAGAGGCCCAUUGAUACAUCCCUCUCAUAUGCAUAUAUAUAUCAUGUAUAGAUAUAUAUACACAAUGGCCUACAGUGUUUUCCUCAUCAUAUGCUGUUUAUACCUAUGGCAAGUUACGGCUUGCGGCAGGAAAUGGCGAGUGUGAGUAUUAAGAGCUGAUCACUGAGGAAAAUUGCCACCUUGGAUUGAAACGAUCCUAACCCUUUGUUGAUGAUAUUUUCUACAUAUUUAUUCUCCCCCCCCCUCCCCCCAACAAAUUGUCCAAUUUGAAAGUACUUAGUACUCUUUAUAAAAAGUUUGUGGUUCUCCUACUAGAGGUUUGAGUGUGGUUCUCACGUGAGAUUUGAGGUGUGUGCUGGAUGCAGCGCUGUGUUGUGCAUGAAGAGCCUGGUUAUCACAAUUUUAUGAUUGGAAGACAAAUGUCCAUGUAGUAUUGCUUUUUUUAACCCUUUGUUGGAAACACAUAGUUGCCCUAUGUUCACAGACAGUGAGAGAAGUGCCACAGUGUCUUUCCUGUCCACAUGAAAAUGUUGUCAAAUCGAAUUUUUGAAACGUCCCAGAGCUCUGAUCUUUUCUGUGCUCCGGUAAAUGCUUUUGUCUUAUUUUGAACUUUUUGAACAUUUUGAACAUUUUCAAACUCUUUUCACAUUGCUUGGAUGAGGUUUGACAAUAUUAUCAUUUUACCGAGUUAUUCUUUGCCAACAACGGAAGGAACGACAUAUCGUAAAGGAGUGGGCUCAGUAUCUCGGUGCGUGUGGCAGUAUCUCGAUGAGUGUGCCACAACGGUCAAGCGUCAGUAUGGGCUGAAUCUUCUCCUUCUACUGUUGUGACAAGAUACAGUGGAGUCCGCAUUAACUGAACACAUUUCAUUCGGGGGAAAAAAGGGAUAAUCUGAACUCGAAGAAAAUAAAAUCUACUGAUUUUUUUUUGGGGGGGCCUCUAUUUCAACAUCAUCUCUAAACCGGGAAACCUGGCUCAUCCCAAGAAAAUCUGAUGGUCAUGGAGAUUUUUGCUUUUAAGCGGACUCCACUGUAUCUCUGGACCUGUGAAAAUUCAGUAAUGAAUAGAACUAGUUAGGCAACCAUUAAAAUGUUAGAAAAAAUAUGUAAAAAGUAAAAUCUCUUUCUCCCGAGAUAAAUGUUUGCCUGUUUCAGCCCUAUUCUGAUUCCUGUACUGAUGUAAGUAAAUCAACUAGCUUUUGAGAUGUGUCAGAAAGUCUUGUCGUAAUCGUCCCAUUGCCCCAAAGUGAAAGCUGUACUGUUUGUUUUCUUCACAUGAUCCUCAAUCCAAGCCGAGCUACACCAAAUAUUUCUGGACAACUGUGGCGGGUGAUUGGUCAGUCGUUGUUGUGCUAUUUUGUCACAGAGGAUGUUCGUCGUUUGUCUUCUUUAAUUUUCCGGGAAAACUUUUGUCAUGAUCUUAUCGAAGGAGUUUUGUCCUGUUAUUUGCCUUGAGUCAGGUCCUGUCUUGUUGUGGAACUUGGAAGAUGAUUUUGAGUACGCUAUGUGUGUGAAGUAGGAAGAUGAUUCCUUGAGUUCUUGAAGUUAAGGUUUUCUGCGGCAUGCAAGAUUGAUCAGCUGUUUUAACUUUCUCACCUGUAUUUCUUAAUUUCCUGUGCGUGCACAAGGUCAUAAAAUAUAUAUGCUCGGCGUGGGUUACUGUAUGACGUGUCGGUUGUCAUGUUACGGUGUUGUCGUGUGUGUGGAUGGCAUCGUGUCUACCCCGUGGGAGACUUGGGAGGACAAAGUCCAUCCUCGUCCAGCCCCCUCAUCGUCUCAUCUCCUUCUUCUGUACACAUGUAUGUUGUCGUUGGAAACAAGCCGAGAACGGUCAUAGUAUAGAUCCACGUUGGUUUGGAUUCUUCUUUUUCACCCCCGUCAUUGUUAUUAAGAUAUUUUGAAAAGAAAAGUAAAUUGUACUGGUGGCUUGUUUCUCUCCUGUGUUACAGCAUAAUUGUACAAAUGUAAUAAAGGUUGUAAGAUUACAGUGCAUUUCA